AUGGCGCCCGAACCCACCAGCACCGAAUGGGACCAUGAAUACAACACAAUCCGAAGGGAAAAGCUUUUUCGGAAUCCCCCGACCGACCGAACCGCUUAUCCUGCCCUUCAAGAGGCUGUCAAUCCUCAUAUAGAGUCUUUCAACGCCCUUUUCCGCACCGAUGGCAAGCCUAGCUUGCUCGACCAUGCCAUUGCCGAAAUUGGGACCAAGACUUUUCUAGACGGAGAUGAGAGGGCAGCGCCGGAGGGCAAAAACAAGCUGACCAUCCGGUACAAGAGUAUCACCCUCCAAAAAUCUCAGGUUCCGCCAUCAAACAAGUGGGCCAAGCGCCGCGAAAUCUUCCCGGCUGAGUGCAGGGAACGACACGUUACAUAUCGCGGAAAGCUCACGGCGACCUUUGAAUACCGUAUCAAUGAUGGCGAGCCCCAGGAGUUUGUCCGGGAGCUCGGGCAAAUGCCCAUCAUGGUCAAGUCCAAUAAAUGUCACCUAGAAAACAACCCUCCAGCACUCCUCGUUCAAAGGAAAGAGGAAUCUGAGGAAUUGGGUGGGUAUUUCAUCAUCAACGGCAUUGAAAAGAUCAUUCGGAUGCUCUUGGUGAACCGGAGGAACUUCCCGCUUGCCAUUAUCCGUCCAAGUUUCACAAACAGGGGUCCUUCAUAUACACAGUACGGUAUCAUAGUACGAUCUGUCCGACCGGAUGAGACCUCACAGACAAACGUUCUCCAUUACCUCAGUGACGGCAAUGUCACAUUCAGGUUUUCGUGGCGGAAGAACGAGUAUCUGGUUCCUGUCAUGAUGAUCCUCAAGGCUCUUGUUGAGACGAAUGACCGAGAAAUUUUCGAGGGUCUCGUGGGCCCGCCAAACUCCAAGGGUAUCGAAAACACCUUCCUGACAGACCGGGUCGAACUUCUCCUCCGCACCUACAAAAAGUACGGUCUCUACACCAAAUCGCAGACACGAGCCUAUCUGGGCUCCAAGUUCCGCGUGGUGCUUGGCGUUCCAGAUACCAUGUCCGACUACGAAGUCGGCACGGAAUUCCUCCGCAAGAUCGUUCUUGUUCACCUAGGGUGCGUCAAUGUCACCGAGGAACAGGACCUCGACAAGUUCAAGAUGCUGCUUUUUAUGUGUCGCAAGCUCUAUGCACUUGUUGCCGGUGAUUGUGCCGUCGAUAACCCCGACGCCGUUCAAAACCAGGAGAUCCUGCUUGGUGGCUUCUUGUACGGCAUGAUUCUGAAGGAGCGGCUGGAGGAGUUGUUGUCAGUCUCUCUAAGGGCUGCUUUGCGAGAUUACCUAAGGAGGAACCCUACAAUUUCCUUCACAUCCCAAACCUUUCAAAAAGACUUCCCUAUUGCCAUCUUCAGGCGGACAAACGAGAACAUCGGCAAUGCCCUCGAAUAUUUCUUAUCGACAGGAAAUCUCCAGAGUCCUUCUGGUCUUGACCUGCAGCAGGUGUCUGGCUUUACUGUCGUUGCCGAAAAGCUCAACUUCUGGCGUUUUAUUAGUCACUUCCGUAUGGUUCACCGUGGUAGCUUCUUCGCUCAGCUGAAGACAACCACGGUGAGAAAGUUGCUGCCUGAGUCUUGGGGCUUUUUGUGCCCCGUUCACACUCCUGAUGGUGCGCCUUGUGGUCUUUUGAAUCACCUGGCUCACAAAUGCAAGAUCAUGACCGACACCCUGGAUACGUCGGCAGUUCCAGGAGCGGUAAUGGAACUAGGAGUAAACGACUACUCAUCAGCAGCUACCAGCGAGAGCGUCGUGGUCAUGCUGGAUGGCAGAAUCAUUGGCUGGUGCACACCCAAGGCGUCCAGAAUUAUUGCUGAGACGCUCCGGCGGUGGAAGGUCGAAGGUAACCACGGUAUCCCUCUUCAGCUCGAGAUUGGUUAUGUGCCGCCAUCUAAGGGCGGAUCUUACCCUGGCAUCUACAUGGCAUCAAAGCCGGCCAGAAUGGUCCGACCUGUGAAGUACCUGGCUCUAGCAAAAGAGGACUUCGUUGGGCCCCAUGAACAGCCUUACAUGUCCAUCGCUUGCACACCUGAAGAAAUCAUCCCCGGCGAUCACACUCACGUCGAGUACGACCCAACAAACAUUCUCUCCAUCUUGGCCAACAUGACGCCAUUUUCUGAUUUCAACCAGUCACCCCGCAACAUGUACCAGUGUCAGAUGGGUAAACAAACCAUGGGUACUCCCGGUGCUGCGAUCAAGUACCGGACAGACAACAAGAUGUAUCGGCUCCAGACGGGUCAGACGCCCAUCGUCCGCUCGCCGCUGCAUAAUGUUUAUGGCUUUGACAACUUCCCCAACGGAACGAAUGCUGUUGUGGCUGUCAUUUCGUACACGGGUUACGACAUGGACGACGCCAUGAUUAUAAAUAAGUCAGCCCAUGAACGUGGAUUUGGGCACGGUACGAUUUAUAAGACCAAGAAGAUUAGCCUCAAAGAUGACACGAGGACGCGGACAUCAAAAACCAUCACCAAGAUGUUCGGGUUCGCUCCUGGUACUCCGAUCCGGCCGGAGUAUCGGGAGAUGCUCGAUGAGGACGGGUUGCCUCAUGUUGGGCGGCUGGUCAGGGAAGGUGACAUUCUCUGUGCCUGGCACACUGUCUCAGCCGACUACAGUGGAAAGCUCGUCAACAAGGAUGGCAUCACACAUUGGGAGCGGUACAAGGAUGCGGAAGAUGCCUUUGUUGAGGAGGUACGUGUCAUUGGCAGUGAGACGGGUAACGAGCCUCUUCAGACGGUUUCCAUCAAGCUCCGCAUCCCCCGAUCACCUGUUAUUGGUGACAAGUUUUCGUCCCGUCACGGACAGAAGGGUGUUUGCUCGCAAAAGUGGCCGGCCAUAGAUAUGCCCUUCUCGGAGUCGGGCAUCCAACCUGACGUCAUCAUUAAUCCUCACGCUUUCCCGUCACGCAUGACAAUCGGCAUGUUUGUUGAGUCGCUGGCUGGCAAGGCUGGCGCCCUUCACGGACUGGCUCAGGACUCGACUCCGUUCCGGUUCGACGAGGAGCACACAGCCGCAGACUACUUCGGGCACCAGCUGAUGAAGGCUGGGUUCAAUUACCACGGCAAUGAACCCAUGUACUCUGGGAUUACGGGCGAGGAGUUCGCCUGCGACAUCUACAUUGGCGUUGUCUAUUAUCAACGUUUGAGACACAUGGUCAAUGACAAGUACCAGGUGCGUACUACCGGUCCUGUGGUCCCGACCACGGGCCAGCCCAUCAAGGGCCGCAAGAAGGGUGGCGGUAUCCGUGUGGGCGAAAUGGAGCGCGACGCUCUGCUGGCGCACGGCACGGCCUUCUUGCUUCAGGACCGUCUGCUCAACUGUUCCGACUACUCCAGGUCUUGGAUCUGUCGGGACUGUGGGUCUUUCUUGGCGGUGCAGCCGACGGUGUCGCCUUUCAUUGGAAAGAGGAAGCAGGUCGGCACGGUUCGGUGCCGAAACUGCGCAAAGCGGCUGGAUCAGAUCGAGGAUCUGGAUCUCAUGAAACUGGAGGGAGAGAUCUGGGAAGAUGGACAAGGCGUGCAGUGGAUCGGUGGCGAGAAUACCACGAUGGUGGUGGUCCCAGGAGCGCUGAAGUUCCUGGAUGUUGAGCUUGCCGCUAUGGGAGUCAAGUUAAAGUACCGGGUGGAUAACAAGGAUGCCAUUCGAAGGGGUCCAAUGAAACCAGCGCCACCGAAAGCACUGCUCAACGGGUCAACGGUGUCAGCAUAA